AUGGCGUCCUCCUCGGACCAGGACUACAUGACCUUCCUCAACAAGGCGAACGAGGACCCCGCCGCUGGCGUCGCCGCCGGCGCUGGGGCGGACGACGCCGCGCAGAAGCAUCAUACGUUUAGGGCGACGGAGGACGGCGUCGAGGUACCCGAGCCCAUCGCGAGGCUGUGUGGGCACCGCGGUGGUGGCGAUGGCGUGUACUAUGUCUCGGACGCGGACGAGCCGUUUAAGGCGGUUGCGCUGGCGUGGGAUGAGGCGGGGAAGGGGUUGCCUGAUGAGGAGGAGUUUGCGGAGCUGAUCCGGCAUUGGGAUCCGGAGAAUGCGGACGUGCAGAUUAUGGACCCGGCGGACUGGGACCCGAAUGGGCAGUAUGGGGAGGUUGUAGACGCCGUUAGGGAGGCUGGUCAGGGGAAUGAUGUGCGGGUCUAUCGGGUUGGGAGAGAGGGGGUGAAGGCGGAGUAUUGGGUGGUUACGACUGAGGGGAAGGGGAAGGAAGCCAAGCUGGUUGGGGCGAAGGCGCUGGCUGUGGAGAGCUGA